AGGGAAAGAGACCUUUUAGGGAUCACAGACUUAUGUCUGAAGCGCAAGUUUAAGCAGGAGAGCUGUGCUGGAGGGGUCUCACCUGACCUGUGCUGCUCGAGGAGGAAGAGCCUUCCAGGUCCUGGCACUCAUGGUGGGCGGCGUGUGGGCAGCCCUGGGGCUCUCCUUGACUGGCCUCUUGGCCCUCAGCCUCAUCUCCCCUGCCUGGCUCCAGACGUCCACCUUUUCCUUCGGUGUCCUCACCUACUGCUCCUGGCCUCCAGGUGACAGUUGGAACCAGAGCUGCACGACCUUCUGGUCCCUGGAGGAUAUGCCUGAUGCUACCUGGAGGGUCUCCGCUUCCAUGCUCCUGGGAGGCUGGCUCCUGUUGGCCUCCAGCGCAGUCCUCCUCCUGUCCUGGGCCUUCGGCCCCAGAGGGCUGUGUCCAAGGAGGGGCAGCGGCCUAGCGCCGGGGAUGCAGGCGGCAGCGGCCAUCAUCACUACUGUCGGCCUUCUGGUUUUCCCAGUUAGCCUGGCCUCCCCAUUUGCCAAAGAAGCCUGCAAGAGCUCCUCCGUGUACCACAGAGGUCAGUGCCAGCUUGGCUGGGGCUAUGUGACUGCCAUCCUCCAUACCAUCCUGGCUGGCCUCCUGUCUCUCAUUGGGUGGCCCCGCAUGACCAAGGUCCAGGGGAGAGCCAUAUUCUUCUCCAGUGACACCGAGAGAAUCAUCCUCAUGCCGGAAACCAUCAAAUAAAAACCUCCCAGGAAGAAAGAACUAAAAGAGCCCGUUCUGAAGAAACUGUUGUAGGUAGAUGCAUCAGGAAAGAUCGGAGCCAUGGAAGCCCUUCUUCCCCCACUGCUUGGAAUAUGUGCUUAGUGCCAAAGAGUUUCACCUUGCCUCUUUCUACACCCAAACCUGGCUUGAGCACACCUCCCUUGGAAAUAGUUAAAAUUAUCUCUAACAGUCUGUCCCUUUGGAGGGAACAGUUACAUGUGGCUGUCAAAACAACAGUUUUAGCUAUCAGCUGCGGCUAUCAAACACCUGCAACUAUCAAAACAAUAAUGAAAAGCCUGCACUGCUGGCUAAUUAUUCUAAUUAGAUAAACCAUUGGCCUAGGGACUGUCUUAAAAACUAUCUUUGCUUUUGCAGGUGUAACAGGCUUUAUUCCUUCUGAUUAUUAUUACAUGACAUCUCUGCUCAUUGAGCUAUAACAAGUUCAGACUAGUGUAUUUAUAGUUAUAAGCCUAAAAACUAUAAAAAGGUUAUUGCAAUUCACCUUGUCCAAAUACAUCUGAGUGUACUCUGGUCUAUUACCAAUUGUCUUAUGUGUGCCUGUCUAUCUGUUCAAUUUGUGACUGGUUGCAAAAUCUACAGCUGUUUUGUUUGAGAUUAACAAUUUUUUCACUUUUUCUUCUUUUUGCCUUUUUGGAUUUUUAAAAUAUUUAUGCCUACGAUUUCAAUUGGCUUAUAGAUAAGAGUCAUUAUAGUUAAGGACAUGCUUCCAUCCAAAUUGCCAGCUGGUCAAAAUGAUGUCAAGAAUGGUGUUACAGCUGGGUGUGCUGGUGCCCACCUUUAAUCUCAGCACUUGGGAGACUGAGGCAGGAGGAGUUCCAUGAGUCUGAAGCUAAAUUGGGCUACACAGCUUGUUUAAGGCCAGCCUGAACUAUAGAGAAAGAUCCUUUCUC